UCUGUUAACGGCACGCCAACUAUACAGACGCGCAUCAGCUCCGGUUCCAACUGAAGUUCGCAAUUGUAGCUGUUUAACUGUUUAGCUGUUUUUACUGUUUAACUAGUGCACAGUGGUACCAAACUGAAAGUGCGUAUAGCGCUUCCUGCUCAAAUCCAACUAGUGCAGGAGUGAAUGAGAGCCCGCGAGAGAGCGAGCGAGAGAUACAAACAGCAAGUGAAAUUUUUUCGAAACGCCUCGUGCAUUGCCCCGCGAGUGCUGCUAAUUCAACAAUAAUUAAAACAAUAAUUGAGUUAAGCGGUGAAAGAGUUGUAAAUAAAAAUAAAAAUAAAAAAUAAAAAGAAACAAAUCUUAAAGAGGAGCUGCCCACUUGCGGCCUAUACUGGAAGUUGGAGUUGGACUUGGAGACUUGGAUAAGGCGUUUCAAAAUAAACAAAUCCUACACUCAACUUUAUACGUCUUUGCUCGUUCGUUGCCGCUGUUUAUGGCAUUUUGGCUAUGAAGCGACGCAUGCAACUCUUUGCCACUGGCCUGGUCCUGCUGCUGGGCUCAGUGAGCUACGCCCAAGCGCAGCAGCAGCAGCAGGAGUCAUCCGCUAAGUGGUCACGACAGCUGGAGUCUGUGGGUACCGCCGAUACGGACUCCUUGGACUGGGUGCCCUUGGCUCAGCCACUGGACGAGAGCGGCAAGGAUCGCUCCGGCAAUGGACGCGUAUUGACCUACUCGCAAUCCUUUCCACCCAGCGCGCGUUUUGGCGAGCUGAGCAAGCCAACUGGCUCGCAAUUCGAUUUCCCCUUUCAAUUUCAACGAUUUCCCAAUUCGGCACCACAGGCGCUGCCGCUGCGUCAGCCAGCACCACCACCACCGCCGCCACACUUGAAGCACACACAUGCUGGACAGGAGCCCACUUCACAGUCAUUUUUCAAGUUCGAGAUGCCGUUCCACAACGAUGCCAGCCAAGCCCAAGCACCACCCACUCUGCAAACGGGCUACCAGAUCCAGCAUUCCUUCGGAGGAGCGCCUUCCUCACUGUUCAGUCCGCCAGCGCUAUUUGGUCAGCACUCUGCGCCGCACUACGCCGACUACCAGAAGCCGCUCAACAAGCCACUGCAUCAGCAGAACUACAUACAGGAGCCGCUGAAGGCGCAUGGCAAGCCACUGCCCACGCAGGCUUCGCUGCAGAGCGUCACGCCGCAAGUGUUUCCAGUUGAUCCAGAGCCCGAAUCGCUAUUCGGCUUGAGCAAGCCAUCCGCUCUACCCGCCGCUGGCAAGGAUCAAGAGGUGCAGCUGCUCUAUGUGCCCUACGACUCACUCUACAAUCAGCAGCGCCAGCGUCAGCAUCCGCAUUCGCAUCCACAUCAGCCGCAAAGUGCUGCCAGCUCCCAGCUGGGCUCCUCUGCCUUUGAGGUGAACAAGUUCAAUGUGAACGCUGGCCUGCCCGCCGUCAAUCCCUACCAGAUAAAUCAGUUCUACACACAGGAGCCCAGCAUCGGCAGCGACUUCUUCAACGCCGCCACCACCACGCGUCCCACCAGCACCACGCUGCAGCCUGGCAACAUCUUCCAGAGCUACGUGCAGCCGCAAACUCAGUUUACCACAGCAAAGCCCAAGCCCAAGGCGCAUCAGCCGCCCUUGGCCAUGUUCCUGCUGCGUCCCAAUGCGCGGCCAACCCAAGCGGAUGUGGUUGCUGCUUUGCGCAGCGCUCAGUCCAUCUCUGUGAUCGAUGCGCCCACUAAAGUGACGCCAGAAAUCUUUGUCGGUCCCUCGGGCAUGCCCAUACCGGAUGGCUAUGUGAAGUUUGAUCUGCCCUAUCUCUCCCAGCUGACCAACUCUCGCGACCUCAACGAUGUCUCCUUCUUUGUGGCGCCUCUCAGCUAUCGCACGCCCAAUGGGUUCAAUAAAAUUCUGCUGCCCGAGCCGCAUGUGGGCUCCAUUGUAAUAAAUCGCGGCAAGGACAAUCGCAAUGUCUACGAGACGACAGCUCAGCCUAUCACCACCGCCGUGCCCACGCGUGGGAACAAAUUCAGCUAUUAUUAUGUCCAAGACGGCAUAAAGGAAGUAAACGCUCCCAAGCUGCCCGCCAAGCAGGAGCGUCCCAAAAAGAAGCGUCCACAGCAAGUGCCUGUCGAGCAGUCCGUCUAUCGUGCGCCAGCCAAAACGCCCAAUCCCUUUGACACUCUGAAUCAAAUCGGAGGCGACGACUUCUUCAGCUCGCUGGUCAGCAAGCCCAGCAGCAGCUCAACCAGCACUUCCACCUCAACCUCAACUUCAACAUCGACAUCCACUUCGACUACUUCAACCACAGCCACGCCGCAGACGCUCUUCACGUACAGCUCACGCCCGCAGGUAGAGUUCCCAAGCUCGCACGGCCAGCUAUAUCCCCAGUUUGCUCAAGAGUAUCCGGCAGAAGAGCAGCUGACCACACGCGUGCCCACUCCCAGCACUGUACAGGAGGAGGAGCAGCGCAUGAAGCAAUACUUCCGCCAACAGGACGCCUUCCGCCAGCGUCCUUUGACCACCAGUUCACCCUACCAGCAAGUGGAGUACGACACAACUACGACACAAAAGAUCAAGCAGCGUCCACAUCUCUACUCCCCCGCUGUGGCUGUGACCAGCUCUGAUGUGGGCUACCAGGUGGAGCAGCAGUCCCCGCUUAACCAUCGUCCCAGCUACAAUCAGAAUGAGGUUAAUGUGGAAUACGAGCCAAACCCAUAUCACGUGCCUUCAGAGCUGCCGGCGCUGACACCAGACAUACCCGGCCUGGUCAACAAUCUGCAGGAGAAGGACAAGCUGCCGCUGACAACAACGCCGCUGAGUGAGCCUGAGCCAGAGACGCGGCCCACGCGACGACCAGUGCUGCGCACUCGUAAGCCAGCUGUCACCAAGGUGGUCACCACUUCAUCAGUCUCAUACUCCGAGUCGGAGAGCUCCAAGCCCGCACACCGCAUUCGCCGUCCUUAUAAUAACAGAGUGAAUACGGAAAACACAGACGAGACUGUGACCACUGUAACUACGCGGCGUCCACCUGCCAGCAGUCGCAAUCCGCUGCUCCGCAAUCCCAAUCGCAUACGCUAUCAGCCCAGCACUGAGGAGCGCCAGUCGCUCAAGGUCAAGAAGAAGCCUUUCAAGGGCGGCAAGCAUGGGCAGCAGGGCGAGGAUCAGGACUUGGACUAUCAGCGUGAUGUGCUGAAGCAGAACUAUCCCGUCUUCAAGUCUAGGCGGCCUACAAGCCCCACAGCCAUACCCAGCUCCUAUGAUGUGGGCAACACGGAAGGACCCGCCUCGGAGUCUCAGCAGGUGUACACGGUUACGCCCAGCAACAGCAUCGAUCAGCCCGAGCAGAACGUGUAUCCGGCUAGUCUGCUGGAGCCCAUGCAGAUUGCGCAGCACUACAAUGAGUUCUCCAAGGACAACUAUGGGCCCGGCUACUUCCCCAACCAGGAGGAUCUGACUCCCACCGAGGCCAUCAUACGCAAUGAAGUCAACACAAUAUUUACCACCACUCCACCGCCCACCACACAAACAACAACAACAACUACGACAGUGAGCACUACCACAGAGGCACCCACGACUGCGGCAACAGCAACAACCACCCGCCGUUCGCCUUUCAUCCGCCGUAACUAUCCCAGAGUGCGCACAACGACGACCACAGAGACGCCAGUUACCACCACAACGCCUGCAGAGGAGCGCCCCUCCCUGCGUGCACGUUUGCCACCCCGGCGAGUUGUCAAGGUGCGUCAACGCCAGCGCCGCCCACUGCAUCCCGCCUCAUCGACUGCUGCGCCUGAACCAGAAGCGGAGCUUUCGACUCAAAGACAAAAUCUACGCAAGCUGAGCCGCUACAAUCAACAGCAGCAACAGCAGGAUAAACAAGAGGAGCAGCAGCAAACGCCUUCACCGCCAAGGCGUCGCUAUAAGCAGCCCUUCCAGCUUGAGGGACAGGAAUCUCAGUGGUCGCCCGCCUCAGAGAAUUCAAACAGUGGCAGCAACACCAACAGCUUCAAGCCGCUAAAUCCCAAGUAUGGCAAGAGCGAAACACACAGCUAUGAGAAUGAGCCGGAUAUUGUUACAGCCGGACCCACUGGACAGCCAGAAACCUUUGAGUUCAAUGUAGCUGCCGAUCUGUCUGGAUCAGCGGGCCAGCGCACAACUCCUGCCAUUAAGGAACCAAACUUGAAACCCGAGAAAUCAUUUGCUGAACUUCUGGAAGAGGUCAUGGGCAAGGCUCCAGAGCAGCUAGCCACGGAGUCGCCCACUAGCAGCACGCUCAGCCGCCUGAAUAGGCGUGGCAAGUGGAAGAAGGCGCGUGUUCCCAGCGGCACUGAACACAGCGAGAACUUUGAAACCGCCGAGUCGCAGAAUCUGGCUCCACAGCUCUACAAUUCGCUCUACUCCAACAACGAAAAGGCCGAAGACAGCACCAAGUCCACCACGCCGCAGGCAACAGAGACCGAAUCUCCUACAACAGCUAUGCCCGAAGUGACCACAGCUGUCACGCCCACCACACCCGAGGAGUACGAGGCGAGCACGCCAAAGACUGCAGACUUGACCACAAUUUCCUCCACGCUACCCAUGAGCGAGGAGAGCGCAACGCGACGCAUGGACACUGCAGCCGAUGUGGAUGACUUGGACACUCAGCCAAGCAUUUUCUCGGAGGUCAAGCAACAGCUGCAUGAUCUGUUUGCCAUCGACGAGAGCGAGGACGAGGCAGUAACGGCGGCAUUGGCGGCCGUUGGUAAACGCCGCCAGGAAUAUACGAGCAUCAAGCGCUUAAAGCCAGCCGCGCCCAUUGAAAGCACCACAGAUGCGGAAGUUACGGAAGCUAACACCACAGUGGGCACGCCAGCAAGCAAUAAGGAGGACAGCUUCCACAAGGAUCUGAUGCAGAAUGUCGUCUAUGCGACGUCGACAUCAACCAAAGUCACCUCUGAGACGGAAAUCUGCUACCGCGGACGCUGCAUUCGAUCCGAAGAUCUGCCCGCCAAUCACAAGCUGCACUGAGGCCAACUCCGGGCAGUUCACAGCGCAUGUAAAUACAUUAAAGAUGGGAAUACGCAAUGUCCGAAACGUAUUCGCUUUGCAUAACUUAGCUUUAACUACGCAUAUGUCUUAAAGUUUAAGCUAUACGAGAGUUCAAUAUUGUACGCGAUAUUUAAUACUCGAUAUUGCUUUCGAAAAAUCGAAAAUACUUAGUAAAUACAUUAGUUAAAAUCCUAAAUUAGUUUAGCAUACGUAAUAUUAAGAUUUCUACAAUGAUAAAAAGAACUAACAAAUAAAUUACCCAAUACUUAAUAGAAGUUUAACAAAUUUUAAUGCAAUAACGAGUUACAGCUUUUCAGAGUUUUGACGUUUGUGCUCCACAUCAACAACCCAACAAACUUCAAUAAUCAUAAACUAUUUUUGGUAUUGAUAAUCCCGGUUUGUGUGUCCAGCUAAACGAUGUAGUUUCCAAGAAGUACUAUUUAAUUUCAAAUUAAAGAUAAGCAUUGUUACUUUCUUACAAUCUGCGUCAUUGAACUAUUUGAGUACCAGCAUGACUUACAUUCGAACGUAUAGGGGCAAUAUAGAAAUCAUCGUUCUGAGUAGCACAUAAAAAGCAAUUUA